GUUCACUGCAAUAGCAGCAGGUCUACAGGGUUGCACUUUACAGGAUCAUGUCACUGCUGCUUCUUCAGCUGUUAGUGCUCUCAUGUUUUGGAGCCACAGAGCCACAGGGAGAUUCACCGCAACGGAAAAGCAGAAGGCCAUUUCAGCACCUUUUCUAUCUGGACAAAAAUCUGCCUGACAGUCAGAGUUUCCGUGCACUGGUGGGGGAAAACCCAGUAGGUGUUGAGGAAACCCUGGGAGAACCAAGCUUUUUUGUAGCAAUUCCACAGAUGGCACCUGAAAGUGAGAAGCAAGAGGAGAAAAAAAUGUCCAGAUUCAUCCUUCCCAAUGCAGAACUCCAUGCAGACCAAGAUCUGAGAACCUGGGCAGCACCCAGAGAGAUCUCUCCUGUGGAAAACUUCUCUCCAUCCCACUCUUCCAGCAAGAGGGAGGCUGAACCUCCCUAUAGAAAAGAUGCCAAGAAAUUUUGGGACCACUUCAUGUUAAAGAAAAAUUCAGCAUCUGAAGAGGUUGUCCUGCCAAUCAAGACCAAUGAAAUGCACCAAGAAAACUGCAGAACCCUGCCUUUUUCCCAGGGUGUUACUCAUGAGAGCUGUGAGAAGGUGACGGUACAGAAUAAUCUGUGUUUUGGAAAAUGUAGUUCCUUUCAUGUUCCUGGUCCAGAAGAUCGUCUUUAUACCUUUUGUUCCCAUUGCUUGCCCAGCAAGUUCUCCAUGAAGCGCCUGGAUCUCAACUGCACCAGUUCUGUCCCAGUGGUCAAAGAAGUCAUGAUUGUAGAAGAGUGUAAAUGUGAGACUCAGAAGAUUAAAGACCCUGCGAUUGUGUCUCUAUGGUCAGACUUGCAUGCAAAUGUACAUGAGCACAAUUAACCUGUGCAAAGUACUUCUUAAUUCCUUGAUCAUAAGAAUUUG